UGCUGCCUGUAGGAUUUUUUUUUUUUUUAAAUUAAAGUGCACGUCGCGUUGGGUUGCACGCUCCACCCCUAGGGACCUGGUGUGGUGAAAUUUGAACCCACCGCCUUAGCCCAGGGAAGGCCGAGUUACCUGGCUCCCUGAAGUGUCGAGGGGACGGGAGCGAAAUGACCAGCGAACUCGUUUUUUAUAAGACUCGGUGAAGCUGGGUUUUGCGUUUUCCUACAUGAACACCUGAUUUUGUGGAAUAGUUUGAGUGCUAUAUUCUCCGCGCAACCUUUUCAAUUCCAAAUAAGCAAAUGUUUGAACGUUUUGGUAUCAGCGCGAGUCAAAUCCUUUUACCGACAAGAACUAACUGAAUUGUCAGCGCCGUUGAAUUACCUCCGGAAAAGAUCUCGGGGGUGGAAAAGCAACUGCGAAAUCACAGACGGAGAAAAUUCCUUGGAAGUUAUUUCUGUAGCCUAAGAGCAGAAACUUCAGAGCAAGUUUUCAUUGGGCAAAAUGGGGGAACAACCUAUCUUCAGCACUCGAGCUCAUGUCUUCCAGAUUGACCCAAACACAAAGAAGAACUGGGUCCCCACCAGCAAGCAUGCAGUUACUGUGUCUUAUUUUUAUGACAGCACAAGAAAUGUGUACAGGAUAAUCAGUUUAGAUGGCUCAAAGGCAAUAAUAAAUAGCACCAUCACUCCAAACAUGACAUUUACUAAAACAUCUCAAAAGUUUGGCCAGUGGGCUGAUAGCCGGGCAAACACUGUUUACGGAUUGGGAUUCUCCUCUGAGCAUCAUCUUUCAAAAUUUGCAGAAAAGUUUCAGGAAUUUAAAGAAGCUGCUCGUCUCGCAAAGGAGAAGUCGCAAGAGAAGAUGGAACUAACCAGUACACCUUCACAGGAGUCCGCAGGAGGAGACCUUCAGUCUCCUUUAACCCCAGAAAGCAUCAAUGGCACGGACGAUGAAAGGACGCCGGAUGUGACCCAGAACUCGGAGCCAAGGGCUGAGCCAGCUCAGAAUGCGCUGCCGUUCUCACAUAGUGCUGGGGAUCGAGCCCAGGGCCUCUCCCAUGCUAGUUCAGCAAUCAGCAAACACUGGGAGGCUGAACUAGCUACCCUCAAAGGAAACAACGCCAAACUCACCGCAGCCCUGCUGGAGUCCACUGCCAAUGUGAAGCAAUGGAAGCAGCAGCUGGCCGCCUAUCAGGAGGAAGCAGAGCGGCUGCACAAGCGGGUCACUGAGCUUGAAUGUGUUAGUAGUCAAGCAAAUGCUGUGCACACGCACAAGGCAGAGCUAAAUCAGACAGUACAAGAACUGGAAGAGACGCUGAAAGUGAAAGAAGAGGAAAUUGAAAGACUAAAACAAGAAAUUGAUAAUGCCAGAGAACUCCAAGAACAGAGGGACUCUCUGACUCAGAAACUACAGGAAGUUGAAAUUCGAAAUAAAGACCUGGAGGGGCAGCUGUCUGACCUAGAGCAGCGCCUGGAGAAGAGCCAGAGCGAGCAGGAGGCUUUCCGCAAUAACCUGAAGACACUCUUAGAGAUUCUGGACGGAAAAAUAUUUGAACUAACAGAAUUACGAGAUAAUUUGGCCAAACUACUAGAAUGCAGCUAAGGAGAGUGAAAUUUCAGUGCCAAUUGAUGAAAAGAUACUGUCUGUCUUCAUGGGACUGUUGGGGCUCUGCACCAAGAUUGCACAAAAUUUUUUGAAUAUCAUUUCCUCCAGGAGGAGGGUGUUUUGAAAA